AUGUUUGUGGCAGCAUACUUUUUUAUAUUCUGUAUUCAACAUCUCAUACGUCUUUACCAAAUCCAAGACAAUGUCUCCGAAUUAGUUGAUACCCUGUACGUCUUGUUAACACUUUUCAAUUCACUCGGCAAACUGGCCAUCUUUAAUGUUCGAAGGAAUCGAAUAGAACAAAUUGCUGAAGUUAUAAAAGGACCAGUAUUUGCACCUAAUAAUAAACAACACGAGGAUCUAAUUUUGCGCAAUGCUAGAGAGAUGAAGCGAUUGUUCCGAGCCUACCAGGCUUUUGUCAUCUUUGGCUCUAUCAUGUGGAUGACAUACCCACUGAUGACUCGCUUUUUAGGAGAAGAAGUUCGCUUUGCCAUGUACUGGCCAUUCAGUACUGAUAGACUUCCAGUGUUUUUAUUCGCGGUUGCAUACAUUGCGUUCAUGGUGCAAUGGGUAUCAUUAUCAACGGCGGCUAUGGACUGCAUUGCGGUCGGCUUCUAUAUGCAAGCACAACUGCAAUUGCAAAUGUUAAGAUACAAUUUCAUGCAUAUAGCGGAUACAGAAGACGAGGUCUCUGACAAUGAAAUUAACUUUAAAGUAAAAAUAUACAAAGAUGUGGAGAUUUCACGAAUGGAGAAUUUAUUCCACAAACGAUUGGUCAUGUGCAUUAAACGUCAACAACUGAUUGUAUGGCUAGUAGACGAAAUUGAAUCGGUAUUUGGAUCAUCAAUGGUUCUGCAAUUCUUAGUCAUGGCUUGGAUUAUCUGUAUGACUGUUUACAAGAUGAUUGGCUUGAAUGUGAUGUCAGCGGAGUUUGUGACAAUGAUUGUCUAUUUGACCGUGAUGUUACUACAAUUAUUUAUCUUUUGCUACUACGGAACACAGCUUAAAGAUGAGAGCGAGUGCUUAAAUCAAUCGAUCUACGAAUCCGAUUGGCCGGCCGUAUCGCCUCGGCUGCGUCGGCCGCUGCUCAUCAUGAUGGAGCGCUGCUACCGGCCCAUCGCACCUUGCAUCGCCUACAUCGUGCCCAUGUCACUUGAUACUUUUAUAUCUGUGGUGAAAUUCUCAUAUUCGUUGUACACAUUUCUGGAUCGAUAAGCUGAUACUGAAAAUAAAUAUCAUUAUUAC